GUCGUGACGCAAGGGGGCGGGUCUUGGCGCCGAGCUGAAGGCUCCGGGGAACCUGGUGAAGUUUGGAGUUGGGUCUACCGCUUCUUCUCAGUUGUCUCCGUCCGCACUCUGUCCGCGUCGCCCGCCGCCCCGAGUAGCUCCCACCACUACUUGCUGGGGAAAGUGCUCGGUUAUGGACUGUUAGCGGCUGGCUGUCAAGUCAAUAAGUAAGCUUCUCCCUACUCCAGGCCCUUCAGCCAAAACUGACUGUGCGACAUGGGCAAACAGAACAGCAAGAUCCGCCCGGAGCUGAUGCAGGACCUGCUGGAGAGCACGGACUUCAGCGAGUACGAGAUCCAGGAGUGGUACAAGGGUUUCCUGCGUGACUGCCCCAGUGGGGCACUCUCCAUGGAUGAGUUCAAGAAGAUCUAUGGGAACUUCUUCCCCUACGGCGAUGCCUCCAAGUUCGCCGAGCACGUCUUCCGUACCUUUGACGCCAACGGUGACGGCACGAUAGACUUCCGGGAGUUCAUCAUCGCGUUAAGUGUGACGUCACGUGGCAGGCUGGAGCAGAAGCUCAAGUGGGCCUUCAGCAUGUAUGACCUGGAUGGCAAUGGCUACAUCAGCAAGGCCGAGAUGCUGGAGAUCGUGCAGGCAAUCUACAAAAUGGUGUCCUCGGUGAUGAAGAUGCCUGAGGACGAGGCCACGCCAGAGAAGCGGACAGAUAAGAUUUUCAAACUGAUGGACACCAAUGGUGAUGGCAAGCUGUCCUUAGCGGAGUUUGUGGAGGGAGCGAAGAACGACCCCUCCAUCGUGCGUCUGCUGCAGUGUGACCCCAGCAGCACCAGUCUGGGCUAAGCCAGCAUUUCACCUCACCAUAUUUAUUUUUAUUUUGUUCCUUUUGUACUUUUUAAGCGUCAUUUUAUCUGAACACGUAGCGUCACAGUCAGUUAUACAAAUGCAUGUUGUGUAACUGUACUGGUGGGGGCUACACGUGUGUAUGCAUACAAACUCACAGAAAAACUGACAAUCAGGCACAUAUGUGCAUCGCUCAUGCAAACACACAGACACACACAUGUGCAUCGCUCAUGCAAACACACAGACACACACAUGUGCAUCGCUCAUGCAAACACACAGACACACACAUGUGCCACCUCUCAACUAUGGCCCUGUUCACUCUGAGGAUUUCCCUCCCUGAACAGCUGGACUUCUGAGAAGAAAAUUGAUGUUAAUUUGUAAAUCGAACUUUGAAACCCCCCCCAAAAUACAACUCAUAGGGACACUCGGAAAACGACACCAUGCUUCCUCCAGCAUGAGAAACAUAUUAGGACUCAUCACUGGACGUCGCUGGCAGUGGACAAGGAUGACUUCUGACCUCUGAACUGUAGACUAGGAUGACCUCUGACCUUCUGAUGUGAAAGCUGUCUUUUUGCUUCUGUUUUUUAAGGCUUCGUGGGGCAUGUACUGGAGAAUUUACCAGAUGGCGUGUGUGCGUGCUGCGGCUUCACAAAUAGGCAUUUCUCUGCCAGUUAGACCGCGCCAAGGUUAUUACUGAAUAUCCUUUUUUUAAUUCCCUGAACUGUUUCCUUUUUGGGCAGUUGCAUUUCUGAGACGUGGGGAUUGAAAGUCAGGCUGAGGGAAAGCUUGUGGGAAUUUACUGAUCAUCAGUGCAGUGUAAUGUGACAUUUUAAAAGUAGAAGUCUUAAGCAAAAAAACAAACCAAAAAAAGUUCUUCUUUUCUGUUUAUGUAACUUUUCAGAGCUCCUGGGGAGGAAAAAAUGCUUGUGUUUAUUUAUGAAUAUACUGACGUCAGAAAACAGGCAUCUUAUCUUACAGUAGAAGGAGGUGACCCAGCUGCCAUUUUUUUUAGUUUUGAGUGAGUGAUUGUCUUGUAUGUCAGGUUGAAAGUGUGUUCUGUAAAUGGACGCUUGUGUUAGGCGUGUUGAUGAAGUGAGGGGAUGCGCAUUUCUCAGUGACAAUUGUCACGGCAGGAUGGCGAUCCUAGGUUCAAAUCUGCAGCUCAUCACUGUAUGUCACCAGUACACGUGUUGUACUGGCCUGCCUGUUUGCACUGGGGACUCAUUUAGUCUCACUUGUUUUUACCAUCUGAAUCGAAUCCUUCUGUUCACCAGCGGAGGUGUCCAUCACCUGCCAAUCAUCCACAGCCACGGGAUUCAAUAAAGCCUGCAUGUUUUCCAAAGAAA